CUUUGGAAUUGUAAUAUGCUGGAACUAGAAUUAGGUGGAAAUAUUCAGAUCCACGCCAGUUUUUAGCUAUGACCAUUUAUAACAGGCUUCUCUGACAGCCUUUUGACAAAUUUGCUUAGCUAGGAGCCACUGCCAGAUCAAGAUGAUCAGAUUUUUCCUCCAAAUUCUUCCCAUUUCUCUUUUCCAUUAGUGCAUGAAGAAUCAGAUAUAGCUACUGAGGUCAUAAAGUAAUUCUCAGCAUACAUGUGACAGACGCCUUUGUGUCCAGAGAGAGCACUGUCAGGCAUCACUUUGUGUUCCCUAUGAGUGGAUGAGAGAGGGAGCAUUCACAGCCAAGUAUGAUGGAAGAUUAAAUAGUCUAUCUUGGAUCAGAUAUAUCUGAGUUGUGUAUCUUUGCCUGGUUGCUCAUCUUUUUGCCCAACUGGAUAAUAUCAUAACUCUCUUCAUGGUUCUUGUGGGGUUGCAGCAUCUAUAGGAAUUAGACAGACUGGCCAACUCCCCUUUAUGACCCACCACCCCACAUGCCUCCAACUCAUAUAGCCCCUCCUCCACUUUCCCUAUUUAAACCCCUUCUUUAUCCAAUCCAUCUUAAGAAAACUAGGCCAGAUUUAGAGGAAUUAACACUCAUCUUUCUCUUCUCUCUCUUGUUGCUUGCUCUGUGUGUAGCUAACACUCGUUCAUGGAAGUAGCCAUGGAAUUGGAGGAUGAUGUGUUCUAUGCAGACUUGAAGAGGCAGAUCUCCCUUCUCAUCAUGGAUGACGACGACGAAGACCCUGCUGUCCAUUGCCCUUCGGUUUCUCUCCAGUUAAAUUUUCAAGCCUGCUCUAGAGCAAUUCAUCCAGCUGCAGAGCCAUACUUUUCUUACCAGCAAGCAGGGAGAAGAGAAAGCAAAGGGACUGGUGUGUUUAUCCCCCAGUCAUCACAUCCGAGAAGAAAGAACAGGCAAGGAAGAUUCAGCUCAUCAUCCAACAAGAAGUUCCAAAGGCACCACUCCGAUGGCUCAAGAGGGCUUCCUAAUUCAUCUUUUACCAAUAACCCUUCUCCCAAUUCUUUCAACUCCAAGAUAUUUUGAGCAUAUAUAUAUAUAUAUAUAUAAUAUGUCUGCUGAACAAAAGUGUAUAACUGCUCAAUAACUUGUUCUGAUAUGGUUGUUGUCAAAAUUGCUCUAUAAAGCAAUGGAAAGGCCAUUUUGCUGGUUUAAUGGUUUUGGUGCUGUUGGGCCGUGAAAAAUUGUGUGGUUGUUCAUCUCUCAUAUAGAGGAUAAGCUUCCCCAGUUCAUUCAUUGCCUUGAAUCAUAUGUGUUUUUUUUUUUUCGUUUUUCCUGUUUUUAACAGUUCCUGUAAUAUACAUACUCAAUGAUCUAACUGUGAGCCUGCAGAAAACAAUAUUUAAUUGGAUUUUUGAUUGGUUAAAUCAACUGUGGUGAAAGGACACUGUGGUGAAACGACUGUUUAACUAAAGAAAUUUGAGUGGUGAUGAUGAGCAUAAGAUGAGAGAUAUUAUUAUAACAGGCAAAAUAGGGCAUUCCCACCAUCAGGGCCAGAUUUGAAACUUGAGCUGCCCUCACUACACUACCUUCACUUGGGGCUAGAAUUCAAUAAAUCACAUCCCUCAUGCAGAUGUCUGAAAUGAUGUGACUCUUCAAUUACCCUUCAUUAUUAAGUAAUGGAUCAAAGCUAUCACUGUCGCAAAAGAUAUCAUGAAGUCAGUUUCUACUAUAAUUCAUGAUUUUUCAGUUACAAAAAAAUAAAGAUAAAAUAUACAUUUGAGUACCAUAAAGUUGUAAAUAGUC